AUGACUAGCAGCACCACAGAUCUCUCUGAGAUAUUCUCGGACGAGUCCAGUUUCUACGGCGACGACGACGAACAAGCGCGACUUGAAGAGCAGGUAGCCACCUACGAUCCCGAGCCAUACUGGUCACAGUAUCACUCAAAGCUACUCUCAACCAUGCAGAACGAGCUACUCGCACCUCCGGCCCUAGGAAAAGCAUCACCAGACCCAGACACUCCCAUGCCCGACGUAGAUGCAAGCGAUCCACCCGCACGACUCCCCCGUAACAAACGCGGCGCCACAGAAUCCCUUGCCAGCUUCCUUGCUCGACUGCCACCAUCAAGAACAGUCCUCCCACGAGGCCAACCCUGGAUUUGGGCACGCGGGAGCUCAAAUCUAACCAACAGCCUCAAAAAGCGCGACGAGCCAAGUUUCCUCCAGAAAGGAACCGAGCUCCUCCACGGAUUUGAAGAAACGCUCUCUGAAUUACGAGCCGCGCAUGACAAGUCUGGUGCCAAGACUACAGCUGCAUUGACACGCAAGCUCAAUCCGAUUCGCCGCGAUCUGGAGCAAAAUAUAUUAGCGCUUGCGCAUGAGACUGGUGUGACUGCUGGCAAAUGGAUGUUGUUCCCACCAGUGAAGAAAGUGGAUUCAACGUGGGAGACUCUGGUUACGGCGCUCGAUACUGGUAAGGUCCAGGCGGAUGCAAAGGUUGCGGCGGGGGAUGGGUCUGGGUCUGAAAAGAGCCGGUUGAUAUGUGUAUACACGGAGAAUUUUGCGGAUAAAGAGAACGUGAAGAAGGUCUUGAGGAUGUUGCUCAAUGAGGGCAUUUUUGAGCCGGCGGCGACAGGACCGAUUUAUUACAAGUGUGAUGCUUUUACAUUGCUCAACAUCAAUUCGAAGAAUGAGUACGGGCUCAAGGCAAGUAUGUUUUCAAGUCGGGAUUUCGGCAUGUGA